AAAAUAUGAUAUUGAAAGUAAGAACAGCAAUGAUGAGCGUCUGAAAAUGGAUCCAACCCCCCCAGUUCCAAUUCCCACCAGUGUAUCCGGGACACUGUCUUAAACAAAGCAUUUUCAAUUUGAAGUUUGCGAGGAACCCGGCGGCUCCAAUUUGAGAGCUUUGCUGGAAAUAGACGGCGUUUCAUUUCCCACAAGGACACGCGUUGAGUUCCUUUGCUGUCUGUUGUUUGCGGUUAAAAACAACGGCGUCCUGCUUUCCCGUGCAGUAUUCACCGCUCAUGGCGUCGACGCCGUGACAUGACUACCCACGCCUCUCUCCCGAUUCCCUUCCAUUUUCAAAUUUCUCAUACCCAAAAUCAAGGAACACCGGAAUCAAAUCAGAACAAGCAGCAAAGAAUCAAAAUCAGAGCCGCCGGCUGCGGGGUGGGAUGGAUCUGAGGGGGCUCUUCCUCUUGGGUCUCUGCGUGGUGCUUUCCGUAUCCGCCGCCUCCGCCAACGUCGUUUUCAAUGUGCGCCACAAAUUCGCUGGCCGUCAACGCUCCCUAGUGGAGCUCAGGGCCCAUGACCACCGCCGUCACGGCAGAAGUCUUUCCGCCGUCGAUCUGUCCAUAGGUGGCAAUGGCCAUCCCUCCGAAACUGGGCUCUACUUUGCCAAAAUCGGAAUUGGAACACCUUCUAAGGACUAUUAUGUGCAAGUUGAUACGGGAAGUGACAUCCUAUGGGUGAAUUGCGUUGGCUGCACCAAGUGUCCCAAGAAAAGUGACCUCGGAAUAGGAUUGACACUAUACAAUCCAAAAAGCUCCACCACCGGAAACCUGGUUACUUGUGAUCAAGAUUUUUGCACUAGCACAUAUGCCGGUCCACUUCUUGGUUGCAAGCCUGAAACACUUUGUGAAUAUAGUGUUGUCUAUGGAGAUGGAAGCUCAACUUCUGGAUACUUUGUCAAAGAUUUUGUACAAAUUGAUCAAGCAUCUGGGAAUUUCCAGACGAAACCAACGAAUGGGACUGUAAUAUUUGGGUGUGGGGAUAAACAAUCUGGGGAGUUAGGUACAUCCUCUGAAGCGCUUGAUGGGAUACUUGGUUUUGGCCAAGCAAAUUCAUCCCUGAUUUCACAGUUAUCUUCAUCUGGUAAGGUGAAAAAAAAGUUUGCACAUUGCUUGGACAAUGUAAAUGGAGGUGGAAUCUUCGCUAUUGGAGAAGUGGUGCAGCCAAAACUUAACACAACUCCAUUGGUACCUAAUCAGGCACAUUACAAUGUAAAUCUAAAGUCUAUUGAAGUUGGUGGUCAUGUUAUAGAACUUCCCACAGAUAUAUUUGGUUUUGGAAACCAAAAAGGGACAAUAAUUGACAGUGGUACAACCUUGGCGUAUUUUCCAAGUGAUGUAUAUGAUCCUCUAAUUACUAAGAUUAUGGCACAGCAGCCCAGUUUGAAAUUACAUACCUAUGAACAACAGUUCUCAUGCUUUACGUACACUGGAAAUGUCGAUGAUGGAUUUCCAGUUGUCACCUUUCGCUUUGAAGAUUCACUUUCUUUGAUGGUUUAUCCUCGUGAAUAUCUGUUCCAAAUUCGUGAAGAUGCAUGGUGUAUUGGUUGGCAGAAUGGUGGGAUGCAAUCUAAGGAUGGAAAAGACAUUAUUCUUUUAGGAGAUCUUGUGCUAUCAAAUAGGCUAGUUGUAUAUGAUCUUGUAAAUCAGACAAUUGGUUGGACUGAGUACAAUUGUUCUACAAGUGUCAAAGUGAAAGAUGAACAGUCUGGAGCGGUGUAUCUUGUCGGUUCCCACAAUCUUUCAUCAGCGUGCUGCCUGAACACACGCACGAUUUUCAUUUUCUUCUUGUUAUUCUUUGCCGUGUGGCAUAUUCAUAUGUAAUAAAAUGUUGUAUACACAAGAAUUGAAUUCAAUUUAUUUGUUGUACUCUAUAUAUAAUUUGUUUAACGAAAGAAAUCAUUGAUUUGAUUUUUGUA